AGUUGUUUUCUUUUCUCUACUCGCGUGCAGUGUGGUGGCAACAGGCACAGUUUGAGAUGCAGAAUUACAGCGGCGAGCUUGUGGACCUGUACAUGCAGCGGAAAGGCUCUGCUAGUAAUCGCAUCAUUGGUGUCAAGAACCAUGCAUCCAUCCAGAUGAAUGUGGUAGAGGCUGACAAGGUCAUAGGCAGGUUUAACGGCCAGUUUAAAACCUGUGCUAUCUGCGAGGUCAUUUGCAGGGUGGGUAAGUCAGAUGACUACAUUCUGUGAUUGGCCAAGGCCAGUGGCAUCAUCUGAAAAAAUUUUUGACUGGAGAGAAUCAUGGAUAUGGAAAGUUUGUCAUAAAUAAAUAGUGAAAACCUAAAAAAAGAAAAAAAAA